AUGAAGUCUACCCACAAACGAAAGUCAUCAUCACAGAAGUUGGUUCGCAAACCUCAAAUUACUCACCAAGGGGUUUUAAUUCGUGGUGUACCUGCUUCUGUUUCUCCUGGGUCCAAGAAACGAGUAGCAGAAGAUAUGGCAAAACAAUUGUCACAACCGAAGAAGAAGAAGUUGAAGAAGACUCGCAAGCUUGUUUUAUCUACUGAGUCUACAGAUGAAGAUGAACGAAUCCCAGAAACUCUAGAGUUCACUCCUAUUGUUACAAGUUCCAUUCCUGAGACGAAUGUUAUCAAAACACCCGAAGUUUCGAUUGCCAAGUCAAUUUUUGAGGAGGUUCGAACUUCAGGCAUCCCUUCACACGUAUCAGAUACGGAUGCAAAUGUUAACAUGGGUGAAGGAGGUUCGAAAGAUGGCACUCAAGGAAUUUUCUUGCCACGGGAAGAAAAGAAAUUGAAAAAGUCAAAGAAGGUUGUUCCUACUUCACCUGAACCAAAGAAAAAGGGUUCGAAAACCUCAAAGUCUUCAAAGAAGCAAACUGAAAAUGUUGAAGUCACAAUUGAUGAAACAAAUGUGGUUGAGCCAAUGGUGGACGAAACUCAAGAGAAUGUUAUUAUUCCUUCGAAAACUGGGAUGUUUCGAAGAAUCAAGAUGAAGUCUACCCACAAACGAAAGUCAUCAUCACAGAAGUUGGUUCGCAAACCUCAAAUUACUCACCAAGGCAUUUUAAUUCGUGGUGUACCUGCUCCUGUUUCUCUUGGGUCCAAGAAACGAGUAGCAGAAGAUAUGGCAAAACAAUCGUCACAACCAAAGAAGAAGAAGUUGAAGAAGACUCGCAAGCUUGUUUUAUCUACUGAGUCUACAGAUGAAGAUGAACGAAUCCCAGAAACUCUAGAGUUCACUCCUAUUGUUACAAGUUCCAUUCCUGAGACGAAUGUUAUCAAAACACCCGAAGUUUCGAUUGCCAAGUCAAUUUUUGAGGAGCCAGGUUGUGUGUUCACGGCCAGAGAAUACUUGGUGUUCUUGACUUCAUGGCACAAUCUGGGUGAUCACGACCCAAUCUUAGUGAUCACGGCCCAAGAGUCUUUACAAAUAAUGAAGAAUCAAGGUUGA